GCGUGGCUGGAGCAGCUGCAGCCGGCGGUGCGCUGCAGCCUGCAGCGGCCGCUCGCCGAGCUGCUGGCCGGCGGGCUGGGCCUGCGGGACGACGGGCUCUUCCAGGAGAGCGCGCCCCUCCAGGUGCGGCGCGCGGCGGUGGAGGUCACGAUCACGGCGGAGGUCGAGGAAAUCCUCGCGCACGGGGAGCAGUGCCGUUCUUCCCUUCAGAGGUUCAUGGGCCAGCUGAUGAGGGCGGUCGAGGAGUCCUACGAGCCCUGGUUGAGGGCCUGCGCCGUGGCAGGCACACGCCCCCAGGAGGACGAGGGCGAUGGCAGCGAGGCGGAAGACGAGGACCUGGAGGGCGACGAGGCGCCCGAGGGCGACGAG